AUGCUAAAGGUGAAGAGCUUCACUGUAAAUUUCACCAUUACCAACUUGCCAUACAAGAAGGACAUGAAGAAUCCAAAAUCAGAUGUUUAUCAGAAAGCCAAAGCGAGCAUCGAGGAUGAGCUCAACCAGCUAUAUCAACGCAGUGAUCUGAAGAUGAAUUUUCUAGGCUGCUCUGUGAAAAACUUCAGAUCCACUAGCCAUGAAACUCAAACUGAUGUCAGUUCUGUCUGCACAUUUGCAAUGGAUUUUGGUUCAAGGACUUUUGACAAAGACCUUGUGUAUGAUAUAUUUAAAAACCUGACUCAGAAUGCCUCCCUAAUGGGGAAAUACAGCCUGGACAAUAGCAGCAUAAACGUUAAUGAGCUCCCUUAUUGGGCCAUCAUUCUCAUAUGCUUCUCCAUCUUACUGGGUUCCAUCUUUUCCCUUCUUCUGUGUUUCUUGACUGCUGUCUGGGUGAAGAGGAGAGCAGGCAAGUAUCAGAUCCAACAGAGCAUUUUCGGCUUCUAUUUCCCACACUUGGACAUGCGAAAAUCAUAG